GCUGUGGGUGUGAGUCAGAGGAGUCGUGUGGGAGGAGUUAAAGUAAGAUGGCUGCGGGAAAGGGAAGAGUGUUUGUGAAAUCAUCAAAUGGGAUGUUUAUCUGUCUCUAACAGGAUGCACAGCUGCCCGAGAGAAGGAGUGGUUAAUGUGUUAGCUUUCCCGGCUCAAUAUGGUCUAGCUCGCCAGUUGUCUCCAGGUUACUUGCUCGCUGGUCAUCCGUUUACUGCUCUGACAUUGUGGAAUUCAUUAGCAGCUAGUCGUUAGCAACCUACCAGCGCUAACUCACUAGCAACCAGCUAGCAGGUAUCCGUGGAAAUCAGGACCUUGCAACAACUGUUGAGACUCCAACACAUAUUAAAGAGCAGAGUGGCCGUCCUGACUGGCUAUGGAGUGGUGUUGGCUUCAGACUGGAUGACAGGGUCUACAGGGCGGACAGGCUCACACAGAUUCUGACGCAGCAGCGGCCUUUUCCUAGAUGUACACUGACUGGCUGUGACAGCGCGUUUGCAGUAGACCUCCUUCCCCUCCUCUCUGUUUGGAAACACUUCCCUUCCCCCUUCUCCCCAUCUCCAUCUCCUCCUGCCUCCCCCUCAUCUUUUCCUUUUUCACCCCUCUUCAUUUCUUUUUGCCUUCUGUUGCUUUCAGACUUUGACCUUUUUUUUAAAAACCGGAACACCUUCUCUCAUAUUUAAGUUCUUGUGACCUUUGACCUGCCCCUUGCCGGACCCAGAAUGAGUUGGCUGAGCAGGUUGAACCCGCGUGCCCCGGGGAGUCGGUCUGGCCGGGGUGCUGCCCCUUCCAGCCCCUGCACUGCUGACCCGGAGACCUGCCUCAUGGUGUUUGAGAACCACUGGAGACAGGUCUCUUGGGUGUUGGAGCAGCAGGAACCUUCGUCCUCCAGUGAUGACCUGACGGCAGUGAGAAACCACACAGACCAGAUGUUAUGUCUGCUGGCAGAGGAGCGGCCUGCUGAGAGCCCAGAGGGUGCCACUGGCAUGGCACCCAUGGGCCCCAUACUGGAGCUGGUGGUCACCCAGAAUAUUCUGGCGGGCCUGGUUCAGUGGCACCUCCGACGUGGCCUGGACCCAGACAGCCAGGGGGCGCUACUCAAGCUGUUUGAGAUGCUCAUCGGCCAGUCCCAGCAGCCUCUGCUGCAGCACACGGCCAUCCUCCACCCCCUGCUGAGGCUGCUGGGAGCUUGCGCUGACCCGGAACUUGGUUGUCCGUUAGCCCUUGAAAACAGCCUGGUACUGCUGCUCAAUCAGAUCUGUGUGUCAAUGGCCCGGCAGCCUGUGGUUCUAGAGAUGUUGUUUCGGGCGGCACCGGUUCAGCAGGGCUCCACCAAUCUGCUGAUCUUCUCCCUCCUGGUGCCGUUCAUCCACCGGGACGGAGCCAUCGGACAGCAGGCCCGAGACGCACUGCUGCUGGUCAUGGCGGCCUCGGCCAGCCACGAGGCCGUGGCGCGUUACAUUGCUGAGAACUCCUACUUCUGCCCAGUGUUGGCGACGGGCCUCAGCGGUCUCUACUCCUCUCUGCCGAGAAAGAUCGAGGUCCGAGGAGACGACUGGCAUGCCCUGCGGCGGGAGGACUGGAUGGGCGUGUCGUCGCUCGUGCUGUUUAUGAACUCUCUGGAGUUCUGCAAUGCUGUGGUGCAGGUUGCUCAUCCCCUAGUCCGCUCCCAGCUCCUGGACUACCUCCACAACGGCUUCCUCGUACCCGUCAUGGGCCCAGCACUGCAUAAGUCGUCGGUGGAUGAGAUGAUUGCCAGCACCGCCUACCUGGACCUUUUCCUGCGCAGCGUGUCGGAGACCUCUCUCCUCAAAACCUUCCUGCGCUUCUUCCUGCUGCAUCGCCACGACAACGACACCAUCCUGGACACAUUACUCACACGCAUCAGCAGCAAUUCAAGGCUCUGUAUGGUAUCGUUGAGCCUCUUCAGGACUCUUCUGUCUCUCAACUGUGAGGACGUCAUGCUGCAGCUUGUUCUCAGGUAUCUACUGCCCUGUACCCAUGUAAUGCUGAGUCAGCGUCGUGCUAUCAGGGAGGCUGACCUGUACGGAAAGUCAGCAGACAAGUUCCUGUCGCUGAUCCCAGAGUGCUGCCGGCUGAACGCAGGGUCCACUGCUGAUGACGACGGUGCGUUCUGGGGAAAAGCACUGAACAGUCCCCCCACAGAGUCUCCAGCCGCACCCAGACCCAGCACCCCAUCCCGCUUAUCCUUCUUCAUCCGCCAACAGAGCAGCGGAGGUGGAUCAGGAGGAGGGGGUCCCUCUACCCCCACCAGCAUGGAGCCGCUGCAGUCGGGUCCUUCCAGCUCCCACCCCCUGUCCCCUGAGAGCCCAAUGCACCAGCAGCAGGCUAACACUGAGUGUCUGGACUGGGAUUCGGGUUACCUGGAGUACCUCAAAGACGCCCGGCGGGGCAUUGAGAUUUGCUCCUGGGCCUGCCGCAACUGGUCGGCGCCCUAUGAUGGAGAAAACCCCUCCCCGAACACAGCCCCUCCACCUCCCCCUCCCCCUACCUCCAACCCCUCCAUUGCUAUGUUCCCUGAGCACUUCUCUUUCCAGCAGGGAGGAAGCAGUAACACCCCACCAGGCCAGCAGAGGGCGCCCAUUGUGGCUGCAGCACGAGCAGAGUGGAGCAGCUCAGAACGGGACAGCGGCGAGUGGGACGUUACAAUCGGCAAAAACAACUGCAUCAGCCUCACACCACGCUCCAAGAAACGCAGCCUGCAGAGAGAGGAGCUCCUGCCAAAGCCAAUACCUCAUCUCGUCCCCUCGUCCUCGGCCGCCCCUUUAUCAACUUCUCACACCGCCUCGUCCCCAGCACCACACAAUCCCACCUCUGCCAUCACUGUUAGCUACCAGGCCAUGUUUAACGGAGUGACUGGGCAGGGGGACGGGUGCUCAGAUAAUCGGGACAGAGGACUGCAGGUAAAGAAAGUGAAAAGAGACUUGGGGGAGCAGCAGUAUUUGGAUGAAAACGCAAAUCAAAAUGGAUCCCUUGUCACUUGCUCCUCCCAAAGCUGCACCACUCUCCCGCAGUCCAUUUUUAGCAACAGCGAAAUGGGUGAUUGCCCUAACCAGAUUUCCUCUCAAAGCUCCAUCACCCAGCUAACGUCUGUCACAGAAUUGCUGACCAGCGAAACCUCAAACCCACCCAGUGCAUCCUCAGAUCUUCCAGAAGCCAACCAGACGCAACAAUCUGUAGAGAGUCUUAUCCAGGAGCUGCUGGAACAGGCACCAGGAGAAGCGCCGCUCCCCGGAGACUCCAGCGGUCAGGGCAUCAGCAUCGAAGCCUUCACACAGGAGCUGAGGGAGCUGGAGGAACGAGUGAAGGAGCGCAGCAGAGCAGCCUGCCAGCAGGAGGAAACCACCAGGGAGUCCCUAUCCUCUGAGCGGCAGGAGGAGGAGCAGCAGCUGUCCUCGGCCCUGGAGGUGAAGCUGACAGCUGACACCAAGGAAGAAGGGCCUGCUGUGGGCCUCUGCAGUCCUGCCAGACCACUAAAUCAGCCUGCCUACCAGCCGUACACAGGUCCGUUCAUGGUGGUUCUGUUUGCCAAGCUGGAGAACAUGCUCCAAAACUCGCUGUACGUCAACAUCCUGCUCACAGGCAUCGUGGCCCAGCUGGCCUGCUAUCCUCAGCCCCUCCUACGCUCCUUCCUGCUCAACACCAACAUGGUCUUCCAGCCGAGCAUCAAGUCACUGAUCCAGGUUCUAGGUUCUGUGAAGAACCGCAUCGAGGCGUUUGCUGCCUCUCAUGAGGACUUCCCUGCCAUGCUGAAGAAAGCCCAACAGUACCUGGUGGCCCGAGGCAAGUUGGACUGGGCCGACUCUCCUGCAGCAGUUCCUACCCUGCGGCGCUCUGACUCAUUAGUGAAGAGUCGUAAGCCAUCUCUCGGAGACCUGAUCCUUCGUCACACCAACAGCCCGACCAGAGCUCGGCACGCCGCUCAGCUGGCCCUCGCACACGUCCGGGACGGAAGCCAAUCACUGCACAGCGCUUUGUUCAAGGGUGGCGGAGGGACUUCUGGCCUGGAGAAGCAAGCUGAGGCUCUGCGAGUUAAGAACGCCGUCUACUGUGCCGUUAUCUUCUGUGAGUUCCUCAAGGAGCUGGCUGCCCUGGCUCAAGAGCACGCCGUCACUCUGCCUUUCCCUCACAGCCCAGAGGCAGAGGAAUAGACUGCAAACUCCUCAAAUCUAGCUCUUAGCCUCUAUUUCAUUUUGAUUAGGCUGUCAAAAAAAACUGUUCUAUGAUUCUCCCACCACCAGAGGACAGACUAAAGCACUGAGACUUUUCUGUCGCCAAAGUGAGUCGUCUAAAAUAACACUGACAAAAGGCAAGAUGGAUAGAGUGACAUUUUUGUACCAAAUUGUUAUAGGAUACCUAUAUGACUGGAAACAUUUUUCCUAAUCUGUAAACUUAUGAUAUUGUGCAUAUCAUGUAUUAUAUUUACAUUCUAUACUCGUAAAAUCUCAGUAAAUGCUUGAGAUUUAGGAGCUUGUACAUACACAUACCAUGCCAUGGUAUAAUGUGACACAGUAAAGCCACAGAUAAAAGAAAUAGGUGCACAUAUUGGUGCUAGUCUCUUAUGUUUUAGGUUGAAAGGGUGCUUUCAGGCGGCACAGAGUAGAAGAACCAAAAAUAAAUAGUUUGACAGGAAAACAUUGAAAGUGUAGACUCGUCAAUCGCCUAAAAAAAUGAUUCCAUCAGCUUUGGCCAUGUCUGUAAGACAAGCUUGUCUUUGCUUUGGUCCUCUAUCAAGGACUGGCCAAUAGAGAAAGCUCACAGAGAGAUGAGAACUGGAACACAGGCGAGGGACAGUGCCACUGUCUCCUGUGAAUCAGCACGGCCAACACAAAAUGUACUGGAAAACUUUGGGUAAUGAAUACCAUUUCUAUUAUAUUUUGUUUUAAACAUGUUUGUCUUUUGCAUUUGCACCAUUUUCUAGACAUAUCAGCAACAUGUGGGAGCAGGUGUGUCUGUUGUCGUGUAAGCGAGGUUUUAUUUUAACAAAUGACUCCAACUCGUCAGGCCAUUAGUAAGCCAUUCACCUGUUGCCAUAAAGGAGGCUGCGGGAUUGAAAGGCAGCACUGCUUUACAAUUCAUACCUUUUGUCUGUCAUUCAGUCUUUUUAAAAGACCUGAGAAAAUCUGCCAAAAACAAGUGAGAAGGGAAGAAUUUUUUGAGGGAGUGUUGGCAUGAUUUCCAUUUAUUUUGAACUGACGUUUGAAAAAGGUCCUUGUGAGGCAGUCACUCACUUUUCUUCAUUUCUUUGUUUGUAUGCAAAAAAUGAAGCGAUCUCAAUUUCAGCUUUUCCAUUUUAAGUUCGCUUCAGUUGUCUCCUUUGGAUGAGACAGGCCAACAUACAACUGUUCAUCUUGGAGCUUAACAUGCUGCUAUUUGUUUUUGUAACACUAACACUCAUUUCAUUGUUAGGUACCAAGUAUGAAUGUGCAUGUGAGGAUGUGACAGAGUCAGUGCCAGCGUUGUGGUCGGCAUUUAAUUUAUUUUCUUGUGUCGGAGGUUGAAUGAAGUCGCAGCCGCCCAGUGUUAAAAGCAUUUGCCAAGACGAAAUUCUCUCUUUUUUUUUUUUUUCAGCAACCUUUUGAAGAUUUGAAUUAUGUGUUGGGAGUUUGUUUCAUAAGAUGGUUCUUUAAUUCACAGGUCCAUAAUUUUGGACCUCUUAAAUGACGCAUUGACUGGGAUGUAAAACCCAUGUAACUAUGACCCAGCUUUUUGUGAAUUUGUUUGGUUUUCUACACAUAGACAUUCUCUCUCAUCUUUUAGCAGUAGAGAAGCUGCUAAAAGUGCCUGCCAUCCUGCGAAGACAACCGUUUCAUCUAGAGAAGUUGAGACCUUCUCAACUUGUCAAAGCCAUAUCCGUGGUCGUCAUGUUUGUACACGUAGAACUUCAUUACUGCUGUAACUCACUUUUCUAUGAAAUUUCUAGACACAUUUCGUAACACCUCACUGUUUUAAUGCCAUUAGUUAAGAGUUUCUGCAUGCCACUUAAGGCAAGUUUUAUAAUUAAAUAAUAAUGAAAUAGUGUUGAGAAAGUUUCCUUUGGUUUGUGCGAUAGCGCUGAACUCGAAUAAGCUUUUAUGGUGUAGGUUUUAGUGGUUAGUGACUAAUCUCGCCGACUGAGAUCAUCGGUGGCGGCAAAGAACAAAUUUCACACUGAAUGUUUGCACUCGCUUAGUUAAAAUGGUGAUUGAUGGCUCUGUAUUUUUACCUUCUGCCAUUCGUCCUUCCAUCUGUUCACCUUGGUCAGAUUGUUUCCCUUGCACAGAUAAAAAGGCCAGAGGGUCUCAUUCCUCAAGUUUGUCUACUUUUACACUCGUUAUUAGUACUACUUUUUACAAACCGUUCUGGUAAUGACAGCAAAAGUUGAAAGCAAGGAAAGGAUGGAAAACAUUAUGAUGAAAUUGUACCCCCCAAGUUGAUCGGUGCAACAUUGUGAGACGAUAGAACCGAUGGCUAAACCUGUGAAAACGAGACCAAAGCUGUAAUAAACCAGGAUUAUUGCUUAAAAAGGAGAUUUACCAGGUAAAGCUUAUUGGCCAGGGGGAGGUGGGUUUUUGGGGACUUAGCUGUAAUUUAAAUAAAAAGGGAGCUACUCAGUAACCCUGAGAUGCAAAACUUGGUAUCGGUCCUAUGGGACGGAAUUCUUUCUGAUUUGGGAUUUUAGCCCAUGUAUCUACACAUACUGCAGUCAUAUUUUUUUCCUUACUUACUGUUUUCUUUUUACAUACAGUAUGUACUUGUAUUUAAUUUUUAAGAACACAGACACAGACGUGGCAAAGUUUGUCGUUUUUAUAAAAGGAAUUAUUUCCUACCGGGACUUUAACUCCUAUUUGGAGAAGUCCGAUGACAGACUGUGAGCAGAGCUUUAUUUAACGCAGCGCUGAUUUGUAGAAACAGAACUCGCACACAGUGUAACAAAAAAAAAACAGGGAGUUUGGCAAAUAUAAUUGACGCUGUGUGGUCACUUGCAGUGAUGGAUCACAUUGUUUUAUGGAAGUCGUUUUUCACACUCCACAAGAAUGGCAGCCAGCUAAUGGCUUCCUCUGCCGGUAGGAAAGUGAGCCCUCCAACUGUUCAGGCACUAGUAGGCAUCAUGGACACAGGGACAGCCUGUC